AAUAGCAGAUUAAUAGAUAAAAUUCAUUGAACGAAUCAUGGCUUCGAAUCAUCAUGCUUUUACGAUAAUUUGCUUGGCCAUUUUGAUUGGCAAUAAUUUAUGUGAUUCAUUAAAAUUGAAACAAAAACCAUAUGAUUUAGAUGUUAUCGAUAUUGAUGAUGAAAAUAAUGCUAAUCUAUUCUAUGCUGAUGAUGAUGAGCUUUCAACGGAGAAAACACCGACAGCAAAAAAAUUGACGAUAAAACAGGUAAUGCUCGAAAUUCUACGAAAUGCGAAUAUCUCGAGCAAUGAUAAAUGUCAACAAUAUAAAACAGAUAUUAAUGAUCUUUGUAUGGCAAAAUUUUAUCAAAGAAGUCGUCUUCGUUAUGAUCUGACAACGAUCGACGAAGAAGUUGUUAAUGAUGUUGAAUCUAUUGCCAGUGCUCAACAGGUUUGCUGCGAAUUUCGAUCAACAUAUCUACAUUGUCUGAUUUCCAGUAUCAAUUUCAUUUGCGAUCCAAGUGAAUUCAAUUCACUUUUCGAACAAAUACGUGGACUUUCAGAAAUUUGUUCAAAAUUUUUCGAUAAAUCAUCACGUAAAUGUCGUCGCCGUUAUACGAUCAUGGCUUCGGGUGGAUUUUCGUUUCAAAAUAUUGUUCCACCGGAAUUAAAUGUUACCAAACCAUGAAUAAUAUUUCUAUUUUUAAGAACAGUUAAUUUUCAAUUUUAUUAAUUUUUAAAUAAAUAAAGAUCAUUUUUUCAUCAAGCA